CGCUGACAUGACAGUGCUGAUAGUGCAAAAAGAUAGAACGAAAUCAUUCGGUCGGAGUGAAAAAGUUUUGGGCAGCAAUUCUCGGAACACCUAUCGGUUGGAUUUUCAUUUGUGGUCCGGAAAAGUGUUCGGUUCUCUUCGUUCGACCGUUUAAAGUUGAUUUCGUGUGGAUCGAAUCCUUGAGUUCACCCGAUUUAGCUUUGUAGCAAUUCGUCUCCAGCUGCUUCCAGCUCCUCUUUCAGAUUUUCUAUAAGCCACCCCUCUUCUAAUCUUGAAGCAAACAACGAGAAAACCAGGCAGACAGAGACAUUCCUACCUGUAAACAAAAGACAUUCACCAACCAUCCGUUUCGAGGGCAUUCGUUGGCAACUGAUCGUCGAUUGCGGAUCAGGCUAGAGUGUCAUUUGGUUGAUUGUCCUACGCACGGAAGGAAGAACAGAACAAGCGGAAAAAUGUUAGCCCUCAUCAACCGGAUCCUGGACUGGUUCAAGAGCCUCUUCUGGAAGGAGGAAAUGGAGCUGACCCUCGUCGGAUUGCAGUACUCGGGCAAAACCACCUUCGUCAAUGUGAUCGCCUCCGGUCAGUUCUGCGAGGACAUGAUCCCCACGGUCGGUUUCAACAUGCGCAAGGUGACCAAGGGCAACGUGACUAUUAAGGUAUGGGACAUCGGCGGUCAACCUCGGUUCCGUUCCAUGUGGGAACGGUACUGCCGUGGCGUCAACGCUAUUGUUUACAUGGUAGAUGCAGCGGAUCUCGAUAAGAUGGAAGCUUCGCGGAAUGAGCUGCAUUCGCUGUUGGACAAACCCCAGCUCGCCGGAAUCCCGGUGCUAGUGUUGGGCAACAAACGAGAUCUUCCUGGUGCCUUGGACGAAACUGGACUGAUUGAGAGAAUGAACCUAUCCAGCAUACAGGAUCGAGAAAUCUGCUGCUACAGCAUCUCUUGCAAAGAAAAGGACAACAUAGACAUUACCUUGCAGUGGCUGAUUGCCCAUUCCAAAAGUCAAAGCCGCUAAAGCUGCCACCGGACAAAAGCCUGGUGAACACGACUCUGUCUGAAGUAAUGCCAUCAAUAGUAUCAGAAGAAAAAUCAGCCACCCACACACCAAAACAUCAUACAAACACAAUUUCAUUCGUAAAACUACAGAAGCACGAGUAGUGUUGUGUACUUUGUCCUGUUUUUAUUUUAUUUGUAUGAAAGCGUCAUCCGACGAACGAAAAGUUAAAACCUUAUCAUAUACAGAACGUCUCGAAUCUCAAUUCUAGUUCAAAAUUCGCGACAGGGACCGUUCGUUCUAUGUGACUGAAAACGAUCGUAAUGGGAUUUCAAAGAUGACGAUGGAAUAAUUCAAACCGUUAACACACUAAGGUGAAAAAUAUGGAUCAAACCACAUUCUAGGGGAUCACUGAGAGUACUGGCGCAGAAUCGGAAUGUCUUCAGUACUGAGAAUGAACGUAAGUUAUAAAAGUUUGAAUAGUAGCAACAUGAUUGGGUUAUUGUGUAAGAAUAAACAAAAUAUAAGUUACAACAAGAUUCGAUAAAGCUAAUCAAAAUCAAGUUUCAAAACCGCCAAAAACAGCCUCACUUUCGAAUUGUAUAAGUAGUAACACAAAUUUUGCAAGGGACUAGUCCAUCUGUAUUUUCUUCACAGGUUGUUUGCUACUCGCGAAGCACUAGAGAAAACUACGGAUGGAUGAGUUUGCAUCUUUGUUUAUUUGGUAUUUAAUUCAAUAGCAACAACAAAUAUUGCAACCUAGAUUUUAAAUCUGCCUCCAUACAGUGUUGUUAGAAGUUGAACUCAAUAGAAACUAAAAUAAAACAAAUCAAGCAAACGUGUGCAUGUGAAUGGCUGAAUGUUGAACGACACUUGUCAAAAAAAAAAAAAAAAACUACAUCUACACUUAUCCUCCAACCUACAAUUCUAUUGAAAAUAAUCUGGAAAGAGUUUCGUAAAAUUUUAAGUUGUGCAAAACGAAUGCCUGAAGCAGCGCGAUGGUUUGGGUGGGCGAAUAUACGAACAUGUGAAUUGAUGACACCUACAAUUGAAACCUAGUAAAAAAAAGGAGUAACAAAUUAUAGCUACACAAUAUUCCCUAAAAUGGUUAAGAAAAUUGAAGAAACACAAAACCUAUUCAAGAACUAUGCUGGUAUUUUUAAUGUUAAAAUCAGACAAAAAGUCAUAGAAAUGGAUUGCAACUGAUUCGAUUUUAUUUUUAUACGUUUAUUAUGCUUCUAUUUUAUCUUUUUGUUCAAAUAUUCAUAAACAUAUUUUAUUUUAAUUACACAAGUAACUACCUAUAUUUUUUAUACACCAACCUUCCAGUAGAUGCAUAGAUUAUUUAGCCAUUAAGUUGUUCGAAGACGAAUGAAGCAAAUCAGUCGAAAAUGAGUCCAGAUUUUUUCGGUUUCGCAAGCGGUGAUACGUUGAAUAAUGAUAGAACUUUGAAGGCUAAUGUGAACAAUAAAAACAUAAAAGAAACAUAAGAUUGGUGGAAAACGUACUCUGUUUCUUCACUCCUUUUCCCUUGAUCGAGCUCUAUCCGCUGGUACAGUUUCAUUUCAAACCUGUUUUAUUUUAAUUGUGAAAAAAUCAAAAUAUUUCUCUGAUUUAAUUUCAUUCGUCUGAGUUAAAAACGAACUAGCUACACUUAUUAGAAAAAUCGUUUGUCAAAACUUCUGAUUCUUUUCAAAAAAUCAGAAAUAAUAAAAAACGAAAGAAUAUAUUAAUUACAGUCAA